ACGCCGGUUCCCGAAGCCUCAGUAUCGUUUCAGCUGGCGAGGACAUCACGCACGAUCGCCAUGAACGCUCAUCUCGUCAAGUCACUCUUCUUUGUUUCAGUCUUUAACCUUUUCCACGAUAAUUUCGCGCAAUACGUGCCACCUACGCCCACCAUCGAACCGCUUCUACCGAAAGGAUUGCGAAUUUCCAUCCCUCAUGAGGAUGGAAUUUCUUUAGUCGCCUAUCACGUGAAAUUCAACGAGGAUUUCUACAGCCUCGAAGCGGGGACCAUCGCUGUGGAUAUUAUAAAAACUAAAAAUGGCCGCUGGACUUACGAGGAUCGCAGGACUAAACUGAAACCUGGGGAUGUCAUUUAUCUAUGGGUUCACGUGGUCUACGAGGGUCUUGGUUACAAUUUACUAGAUCAACAACACGUGGUCGACAAGUUUUAUAAUUACGACGGCACGCAAGCAGGCGGCGGAACGCCUGGCGGAACCUGCACCGCAAAUUCCGAAACGAGGAUGUACAUUCGUGACAAGGAGACCCAGGAACUAAAACGCUCCAACGUGUGCGCUGGCCAAUUGAUCUUCGAGGAAAACUUUGACUCGCUCGAUCCUAAUCGAUGGAAGACCAUUGAACGUUUCUCGCCAUCGAACUACGAGUUCGUCGUGUACAUGAACAACGAAGAGAACGUUUAUUUGAAAGACGGCGCGCUGCACAUUAAUCCGACACUCGUUAAAGAGAAGUUCGACUUCACAUUUGUACAGGAUGGUACCUUGACAUUAACUAAGUGUACAGGCCAAGCUAACACCAACGAGUGCUCACGUACUGCGAGAGCCUGGGACAUUUUGCCUCCUGUUAUCUCAGGACGACUGAAUACCAAGCCGUCUUUCAGCUUCCUGUACGGGAAAAUCGAAAUUCGUGCUAAAUUACCACGUGGCGAUUGGAUAUACCCCUUGCUCACUCUAGAGAACGAGGAGAUUUCGGCGAACGGAACCUCCUUGUGUAACAUCAUAAUCGCGAAUUCGUUAGGCAAUCCACUACUCGUAACAACCAGUAAGCGAGACAUAGGCGGCCAUCUGCUUCAAGGCGGCGCGCACGCAGUGAACGUGCAGGGCAAUACAGCGCAGGACAAUCGCAUGCAAUUACCAACGAAGACGUUGGAUUCUCUGUGGUCCGAUGAUUACCAUGUCUAUGAACUGGAGUGGGGGAACGGAUACAUCGUUCUUCGGGUCGAUGGCGUACAAUAUGGUGAACAGAAGGUGCCUGCUACGUACGAUGUUCCAGUUUACAUUAACAUCGGCUUAGGAGUCGCAGGCCGCGUUGUUUUCCCCGACGGCAGCAGAAGCGGCAACGUCCUGAAACCGUGGAAGAACCUGGGCGUGAAGGCGAUGUACGACUUUUACACCGCUGACAGCGACUGGUUGCAGACAUGGAAGCAAGGGGACGUUCAGCUUUUAGUAGACUACAUCAAAGUACACGCUCUGUAGACGUUUUUGUAAUACUAAAAAUUAAAAUAAUUGAAAUACUUCCACUAAUCUGAAGAUGAUUUCCCGAUUAGCAUGCAGUAUUUAGUCAUGUAACAGCGAACAGGUUAACCCCUUGACUAUUUACUUCCGCUACUGAGCUCCUGUAGUAUUUUACUAUUAACAAUUUGG